UGGAAGUCUUCAUCAAAAGAGCCUUUCUGGACCAGACCAAUAGAGUGAGAACCAUCCUCCCUUUCCCUGCCGAAGUGGAUAAAAAGAACUACACACAGUAUGCCCAACCAUGGGGCUUGCUAGUCCAAGGCCUAAAUGUUAUGACUCGAUUCAGUCCAGUCCCAUAUAAACCGCCGUCACUCCGACUCCCUCUUACAUUCUUCUCCCACCCACCAAGUCCCUCUCCCCACGGAUCGACUCAUAUAGAGCCCGUGAACUACAUGAGAUGGAAGUAUCGAUAGAAUCUCCUAGAAAGUCGUGGAAACACGCCACUGGGAUUCGCCGAGGCAUUCGUGUCGAUAAUAUGAUUUCUGUCGAUGCUCCAACCCAUUAUCAGCGUCCUCCUGGAUCCGUUGCACCAUACAAUACCUCCACUUGGGCCCUACCAAAAGGAGGCAGCCCCACAUCGGAUACCCACUCCGCUCCACGUCUGCACCGCAGCGUCUUGUCUCCUCUCCAAUUGCCCCAGGAUAGUCGAUUGUACGAUGACAGCCUGGAUGACGAAAUUGGAUUGGGGUCUGCAGGGUCUGACGACCAAAAGUAUCUGAUUACUGCAGAGGAUGGAGAACUCGUGUCCGUAGCUGAUUCACCCGAAGCGUGCAAGCGACGACAGAAUACCGUUGCGGCACGUCAGAGUCGACAGCGAAAACUGGAAUAUGUCCGCUUGCUCGAGACUCAGGUCGCCGAAUUUCAGAGUGAGCGCGAUGGGGCUUAGAACUCGAUGCCAAAAGGCUGAGGAGAAGGUUCAGUGGUUAAAGGAGAUGCUCAUGGAUGGUCGAUGCAGCAGUUGAAUCUAGCAUGUCGACUUAACAACUUCCGACAAAACUCCUAUUUAAAAUUGCAUCUUCAACAGAUGCCCAACAUUUUGCGUGCGGAUCGCUUCAUGGGUUUCAUUCUCCCGUUCCGCCCACUUAUGGAUCCGAAGGUGCUUUCUCCAACAAGCCCCCCACUUUCAAUUGACGCACUUGUCCACAUUGUUCGUUUGAUUCACCUGCAAUAUCCCUUUCCUGUACUCAAGCGCUGUAAUUUUUGUUGUUAUGUUCUUGCGCUAGUCGUGAUUGUGUUGCGUUAUAUUUUUGUCCCUAUAUUUCCGUUCAAAUCAACUCUCUACUUAGUCCAUAAUGCACUGUGUUAGCG